AUGGCGCCCCAAGAUUCAUUCAUAGACGAAGAGGAAGAUGUCUGCCCUCUGUGCAUCGAAGAGUUCGACCUAUCGGAUAAGAAUUUUCGACCGUGCCCUUGCGGCUACCAGGUCUGCCAGUUCUGCUUCAACAACAUCAAGAAUAAUAUGAAUGGCCUGUGUCCGGCAUGUCGGCGACCCUAUGACGAGAAAACAAUACAGUACAAGGUGGUUACACAAGAAGAGGUGGCGCAAUUUCGCGCCAACAUUCAGAAGAACCAAAAGAAGCGCGUGCAAGAGCAACGGCAAAAAGAAGUUUUGAAGCGCGAGGCCGAAAAGGAAACCCGCAAAAACUUGGUCGGUGUACGUGUUGUACAAAAGAACCUAGUCUACAUUACCGGUCUGGCGCCCAACGUACGCGAAGACGACCUGUUGAAGACCUUACGAAAGCACGAAUUUUUUGGUCAAUACGGCAACAUCCAAAAGAUCUCGAUCAGCAACCGGAAAAGCCCCGACGGCCAGCAUCAUUCACUGGGCAUCUAUGUCACAUUUCAGACUCCGGACGAGGCUAUGCGCUGCAUCCAAGCUGUUCAUGGCUCUAAUAACGGCGACCGAGUGCUCAAGGCGCAGCACGGUACGACUAAAUACUGCUCCGCCUGGCUCAAGAAUGAGAAAUGCAACAACCCUGGCUGCAUGUUUCUGCAUGAGCAAGGCGACGAAGAAGACAGCUAUACGAGACAGGACCUGUCUUCUAUGAAUAGUAUUCACACUCAGCGCCCUUUACCCGGCGGCAGCGGCCCUUCUCGAGCUUCUUCGCGACAGCUUUCUCACCCGACACCACCGCCAAUGCCAGUCCCUGUCUCCGGCCCCGCUCCAGUUGCCCAAGCCAUGGCCAGAUCGCUGAGCAAAGAAGAAUCGGAUGCCGGGGAUUCGUCUGCUCUCCCUUCGUCUGCCAACUGGGCCAGACUACCAGUACGCAGUCGUAGGGGAUCAUAUGCUACUAGCGGUGCUGCUUCUAGCCCCGCGGUCUCCGCAGCGGUUCCGGAGAAGCAAGAGCCCAUAGACGUCCCGGAGCCUUCCGGGUCCAAGGCGUCGUCGUCCAAGUCUAAAUCUGCGGCACCCGCUUCACGAAGCAACUCUCCCCGUGCAACCAAGUCUGUUUCUCCACCUAGCGCGAUCAAGCAAUUACUUGCUAUACUUAGCACGUGUACGUUACCUAAUUGCACAACGCAGCCUGGCGAAGAAAGUGGCCCUCCUCGGUUUGAUCUUCGCGGAGGUGAGAAGCGGAGGGUGAUGCGGGAAGACAAAGACUCGCGCACCGCACACGAGGACCAAAUCGAAGUCCCUGAAGGCUCAGAAGAUGAUGUCGAAACUGGAGGCAGCCUUGCCCUGGGCGGGGAGCCAGAGGGAAGAGACCGGCUCGGAGACGGGCACCCAUAUAGCCAACGACACAUAACUCCCAUUCAAAGAAGCUCAACGGAUGGCGUAUUUAGCCCAUCACUUGCCGGCUCGGCCUUUGGCGGCGUCGGCACUUCAGCGACUCCCAGAUCUAUGACACCUCAUCAGAUGGGCCUCCGUUCCCAGGCAGGGUAUACUGAACAAUUCCCUCCAGGCAUUGGUGGGCCGAGCAACUCAUUCCUGGGACAGGGCCAAGGCCAGGGCCACAACCGUCAGUCGUCUCGCUUCAAUUUUGCCAACGAAAGCGGCGCAUCAGCGACAAACAUCAAGUUAGCUGCCAAUCCUCGCAUAAUGGCUCAGCAAUCCUCGAUGAUGCCGAGCUCCUUUCAGUCUCAGGGCAACCAGUUCUACGCCAGCUCGAUGCCUGGUCCUCCUCCUGGCCUCAAGUCUACCGGAACACCACCGAGCAUGUUUGCUCAAGGGUUCAGCUCUUCAGGGUACAAUGUUCCCAAAGACAACUCAAAUGAUCUUCUCCAAAGCCUCCUUGGACGAAACCGUGGAAGCAAUCAAAGCCACGAAUCAGGAAAGCGUGAGUCCCUUCUAUCUUCUUUGUCAAGCCAGUACCCAUCCACCUCUACCCCAGCUCCUGCUUCCGGUCUCCUUGCAUCGCUCUAUGGCAACCAUCCUGGAGCUUUCCAAGACUUCGCCUCGAAGCAGAAGAAGAAGGGGAAGAAGCAUAGACAUGCUAACACUUCCUCCUCGGGGGGGAGUGGCUUAGUAGAUCUUGCAGACCCGAGCAUCCUACAAGCCAGGAUGCAGCACCAAACGCAGAGCAAUGCCGGAGCCGGACAGGGGCUGUUCAACGGCCAGAACCAAGGUGGGUACAACAACCCCAACAUGAUGUACAACUAUGGCCAUGACGAAUUGCCUUCUUUGGCAGAUGCAGCGAGCUCGGUCGAUGCUCUGGUUGGAGAUGAAGUGGACGAUCUGACCACAUCAUUUGAUGGAUAUGCUACGACGACGCAUUCGCACGGGCAUCCUGAACCCAGUCAAAGCUACGCGUCUGCUGGAUCAAGUGUCACUGGUCACGGCCAUCCUUCCCCCGAAGCAAGCGCGAGACGACCCCCUCCUGGAUUCGAGCCAAGAUCUUUAACCGCCUCCCGAGAGCAGGUGUCGACAUCCGCGUCAGCUCCUCCUGUCAAGGCAGAGCCGGCACAGAAGAAGAAAACUCUAAAGGAUGAAGAGUUUCCUGCUCUAAACUCUCCCACUGUUGCGAAAGGGUCAUCUACCGCGUCUCCCGCCCCGGUAAUUGCCAUACCCAAUAUUUCAUUUCAAGCGAAGCAGGUUGUAAGUAAACGGUCAGGAACUAGCCAGGGUUUCGGUGACAGUCGUCGUGGCUCUUUGAACAACGACAACGAACCGGAUGAGAAGGAGAAGGCAACUACCCGUCCUGCUGCGACACCCAGAACAGGACCGAAGACACUACGGGUCAUGACCCCGGCCAGGAUUGAGUCGCCCUCCAUCAUGUCGCCUGUGGCAACGCGCAUCCUUUCCGGCGGACAGCGCCCGGAGACACCAGUGAGCGAGACUAUUAGCGAUAGUGCGUCCAUUGUCUCUGCUUCUGUGUCAGCGUCUCGGGCUGGCUCCCCUCCACCCAGCAGAGUUGGCAGCGCGCCUGUUCGUACGGUAACCAAGAGCAUGCAACGCAAGCAGCGGAAAGAUGCUUUGAAACAGGAUACCAAAGCCAUUGCCGAGGCAGCUGUCGCUGAGGAAGCUGUUCAUGAGCCCAUAACUAGCCACAAAAAGAAGCAGAAGAAAGAGAGACAAGUCAAGGAAAAGGCCGCAUCUUCCUCCACGAGCGGUGUGUCAAGAGCCGGAACUUCCAAGGAAGUGCCGAAAAAUGUGGAACAAGAAGAUGAAUCAACUGCAGAGAAGAAAGCACAGCCCGAUGAGAAGACGCCUAAGGGUCUGGAGCAGACCGUGCUCCUUCCCACACAACCACAACCACAAUCACAACCACCGGCACCGACAGUGCAGGAGCCAACAUCGGAAGAUGAUGAACCUGCUGCGCCUCCUCAGGGCCCUUCGACUGUUUUUGCAGAUAUUCGUCAGAGCCUCUGGGCUAGAACCGUUGAUAGGCUCAAUCUUCUCAAGCCAGUCGCUGGGCUGAGUUGCUUCGCUAAGCAGCAGCAAGUCACUGGCAACAAGCCUGGUUCCUGCAAGGACAUUGGAUGCAAGUGCGGUGAGAUUCUGCCCGAGGACCUCGCAGUCCUUGCGUCUUACGAGCCGGUCCGGAAGCAGUGCCGCUUAGAUGGCAGCCGCGUGCUUCUCACCCCCUAUGGAGACUGCAUCCGCAGAUUGACGGAAGAAGAAGAAGACGAUUUUCUGGAGUUGCAGAGAGCGGUGGCUUUGACGGCUGAGAGCGCUGGCUGCUUCACAUCACCUCGCCACCAGAAAAGUUCCGGGGCGUUUUCCAUUGUCAAGGGUCGUGCGGUGCCUAAUGGGCGGCCCAACAUCUUCCCUAGCGCAUUUCGGCCCGAGUCACAAGAUCCUUUCGGCAAGCUGCAGCGCGACGAGGCGCUGAGCUACAUCAACCAGUACGUGCUGCCGCGCCUCAACCUUGGUGCGAGUGGCAAAGCAGCCGCGGCGGCGUCUGGCAGCCUAGCUCCCCUGCGCGAUGCCGCCGCCGCGAGCCUCAACUCACUGGCGCCGUAUUUCUACGGGCCCGAAGCAGCCGCCGGCGUCGGCAUCUACAGUGCAGUUGACAGCGGCGGAGCGCGCCCCGUUCACGACUUUGGUGCUCCACCAGGCCUGACACUUGGUGGCAACGUUGACAUGGUCAAGGGUGCCGGCGCCCGCAGCGUCGGCGCCAUGGCACUCAUGAGCGUUGACGAGGCCGACGCCGCGCUGGCCGCCACGCGCAAGGAUACGGAAAAGCUGGAGAAGGGCCUGAACGCGGUGAUCCGGAAAAACAGGCGGUUGCUGAUUGGAAGUGACUAA